AUGAAUCUGUUCUUUCCCUUGUGCAGAACAAUGGAAAAUUUCGCUAAUUCAGCAACUCAUACUACGCAACUACCUGUUACACGAGUCAAAAAAAUAUUUAGACUCUGCUCGAACUGUACGAAUAUUUCAACUGAAGCCGUGCACCUUUUGACAUUUGCAGCGGAACGCUUCAUUGGCUUGCUGGCAAAAGUAGCAUAUGGACAGGCAGUUUUUGACAAACGAAAAACUCUUCAGCUAAAAGAUCUUGAAUUUUGUGUGAAGAAUUACGAACCAUUUAGUUUUCUGGAUGGCACACUGGACGGAUGGCCGGAAAUUAGCGGAGGAAAACGUGGUUUUGGCAAUGGAUCAAGCGGCGUUGUGACUACAGGAAUAUCAGAGAGAUUUUUUCCUCUUAAUGCAGAUGAAAAACAAGAAGACUUGAAUGUUGAUAUUAAUGACUCAAAUGAAAUAUUUGGUUUCGAUGAUUCGUUAGAAGAAAGCGAACCUCCACUCGAUGACCAGAUUGCUGAAAAGCUAGAUAGCGCUGUAACUGCGGAGAAAACAGAAAUGGUUGAUGUUAUUUCAGAAAUCCAAAGCCCUAAGCAAGCAGUUUUUGGCCACUACGGUUAUUAUCUCCCGAUGAAUUCAACUGUUGCUACGCUAACUCAAACUGCCAAUAUUGAAGUAGGGGUUGAUAUGAAGCAUAAUAAACAGAAAGAAGAGGAAAUGGAAAUUGAUACAUCUACACAGUAUGAUUCUCUGAAUAGGACUGGAUUUGAAAUGGCAACCGAUACAGUCGAAGUCCCGUCGAAUAUUUAA